AUGUGGUUCCCCCUCUUGUCCGUGGCUCUCAUUACGCUCUUCUUCGGCGAUCUUCUUGCCCAAAAACUCACUCCUUCUAGUGGCACCAUAACAAAAUCACCCCGCGUUGAGCACUGCCCAUUCGAUGUGAAAGCCUCACUAGCUCCCGAUGUAACCUCUCUCCAGGUCACAUACACGGCGGCCGGAUCGCAAAAAGCCCUUUGGUCUCAAACCGAGGUCAAAUGCUAUACGCGAAUCCUAUUCGAGUUUGAGGAUAGCAACUAUUCAAUCACCGUGCAAGAAAUCGAGUAUCAAGGCAAAUUCCAAGGGAACGGAGAAGGAAAGAUCGAGGCCUUACUCGCUUGGGAUAGAGAUUUUGGACCGACACGUUUCACGCCUAUCACACUCUCAUCCAGCGUGUCUACUGCAAUCGCACGAAACACCAGCCACGCAACUCCCUCAGAGUGCAUUGGUUGGGAUGGAAUGUUCGUCAAAGACGCUAAAGUCAAUUUGCAGACAACUUUUAGCGGAUCUGCAGCAGAUUUCGGGACGAAUGGUGUUUUGACACAGCGCUUGAAGUUUUCUUGGGUUGACCCAAAGCUCGCUUGCUCCGCCCAUUGCCUGUUCCGUGACAUUGAUGGGGGAGUGUAUGAUCCAGAAAAAUGCAAAUAA